AUGGGCAAGGAAAACCAAACCUCUGUGACAGAAUUCAUCCUCCUGGGCCUCUCACAGGACCCAAACACCCAAGUCCAGCUCUUCCUUCUCUUUCUCCUCAUCUACCUGCUGACGGUGCUGGGAAAUCUGCUCAUAAUCCUGCUCAUUCACAUGGACCCCAGACUCCACACUCCCAUGUACUUUUUUCUUAGAAAUCUGUCCUUUGCUGAUCUCUGUUUUUCUACAACUACAGUACCCCAAGUGCUUGUCCACUUCCUGGUGAAGAAGAAGACCAUUUCUUUUGCUGGGUGCGCAAUGCAGUUAGUUGUUUUAAUUCUGAUUGGGGGAACAGAGUGUGCCCUUCUGGCAGUCAUGUCCUAUGAUCGGUAUGUGGCUGUCUGCAAGCCUCUGCAUUACUCCACCAUCAUGACACACUGGGUGUGUGUCCAGUUGGUUGCUGGAUCCUGGGCCAGUGGUGCAUUUGUGUCCCUGUUGGAUGCCACAUUCACGCUACAUCUUCCUUAUGAAGGAAACAAUAUCAUUAACCAUUUUUUCUGUGAACCUCCUGCUCUCCUGAAGGUGGCCUCAGCAGACACGUACAGCACAGAAAUGGCCAUCUUUGCAAUGGGCGUCGUUUUCCUCCUGGCACCUGUUUUCCUCAUCUUCAUUUCCUACUGGAACAUCAUCUCCACUGUGAUCCGGAUGCAGUCUGCAGAGGGGAGGGUCAAGGCCUUCUCCACCUGUGGUUCCCAUCUCAUUGUCAUUGGUCUCUUCUAUGGCUCUGCAAUAUUUGCUUACAUGAGGCCAAACUCCAAGAUAAUGAAUGAAAGGGACAAAAUGAUUUCAGUGUUCUACUCAGCAGUGACCCCCAUGCUGAACCCUUAUGUAUACAGUCUGAGGAACAAAGAUGUCAAAGGGGCGCUCAAAAGGAUCAUUUCAAAAUAA